GCCCACUCUUCCUCGGUUCUUCCUCCAAGUGAAGUAUGGUGGGCGAAGCGCGCCGGGCCGUAGUAGGUUAAAUAACGUGACUUCGAAAACCGCACACAAGUUCAUAAGGUUGAGCAACAUUUCAUGGAAGAUACUGGCCUGCAACUCUCAGGCGACAAGGUUAUUGGAAUGCUGGACACUGAGUCCCCUGCCAUGGACAGCAAUGGGGAUGCCUUUCUUCCUGACCUUCCUGUUCUAGGCCAAACUGCGAACUGGUCACCAGACCAGGUUACUCCCGAGCCACUCACCAAUAUCUUGCCUGAGGACUCUGAUGAGUCCCAGGAUGUUCCGGGGGAACAGCAUCAACCCAACGAGCAGAUGAAUUCCACAGAGCUGGGAUCUGUAGAGAAGGCUGUGGAGCAGUUUCAGAUUGCCAGUGCUCAGCUCUUCCAAGAGGAUCAGCCACCACCACCACCUCCCCCUCCACCUCCACCACAGCCUGCAGAAGAGUCGGAGCAGCCUUUACAACAUAAUGCAGACUUCGGAGAGUCUGAUCAAGACAACCAGGAGAUGAGUGUAGAGCCAGAAGCUGCUGUGCAGGAUGGUAGUCAAGAUGGAACUGAAGCACCACAGGUGACCGAGGAUGGCAUGGAGCUGGAAGAACCACCCAAAGAGACCACACAAGAGUCAACUGUUCCUGCAGAGCCGGAGCCAGAGCCGCCCAGUGAGUUUGAAAAACUCUUCAAAGGAUGCGAGGACAACCCAGAAGACUUCAAUGGUUGGGUCUACCUGCUGCAGUAUGUGGAGCAAGAGAAUGACCUUCCAGCUGUGAGAACCUCAUUUGAUGUAUUCUUCCUACGCUACCCCUACUGCUAUGGCUACUGGAAGAAGUAUGCUGAUAUUGAAAAAAAGCAUGAGAAUAUACAGGUUGCAGAAGAGGUAUACAGAAGAGGCUUGCAGGACAUCCCUCUCAGUGUGGAUCUGUGGCUGCAUUACCUGACCUUCAUCAAAGAAAACUCAGACCUGAGUGAUCCAGAGACAGAGGGACGCAUUCGAGCUGCCUAUGAACAUGCAGUGCUUGCAGCAGGCACAGACUUCCACUCAGACCGUCUGUGGGAAUCCUUCAUCAACUGGGAGACCGAGCAGGAGAAACUGGCUAACGUCACCGCCAUCUAUGACCGCAUCUUGGGUAUCCCAACCCAACUGUAUUCGCAGCACUUGCAGAGGUUUAAAGAUCAUGUGCAGAACAACAACCCCAAACACUUCCUGUCAGAAGAGGAGUUCAUUCAGCUGAGGCUCGAGCUCUCUAAAGCCAGCCUGUCGGCGAUGAUCUGCGAUACUGAAGAGACGCCUACUGCUCAGGAGGAGUUACCACCGGGUACAGAGGACCUUGCGGACCCUGCUAAGAGAGUGACGGAGAUCGAGAAUAUGCGCCACAAGGUGAACGAGGUUCGGCAGGAAGUGUUCAACCACAACGAACAUGAAGUCAGCAAGCGCUGGGCCUUUGAGGAAGCGAUUAAGAGACCAUACUUCCAUGUCAAAGCCUUAGAGAAGAACCAGCUGAACAACUGGAAGGAGUACCUGGACUUUGAAAUUGAAAAUGGGACUCCGGAGCGCGUGGUCGUUCUUUUUGAACGAUGCCUCAUCGCUUGUGCACUCUACGAAGAGUUCUGGACCAAGUAUGCAAAAUAUCUAGAGGGCUACAGCACUGAUGGUGUGAGACAUGUCUACAAGAAAGCGUGUACCAUCCAUAUGCCCAGGAAACCAGCCAUCCACCUGCUGUGGGCUGCCUUUGAGGAGCAGCAAGGUAAUGUAGAGGAGGCUCGUGGCAUCCUGCUGUCCCUGGAGGUAGCAGUCCCAGGUCUGGCCAUGGUGCGCCUUAGGAGGGUCAGUCUUGAGCGUCGCCAUGGUAACUUGGAAGAAGCGGAGGCCCUGUUAAGGGAGGCCAUGGAGUCGGCGAAGAAUGCUACUGAGACAUCGUUCUAUGCUGUGAAGCUGGCCAGGCAGAUGAUGAAGGUGCAGAGAAGUCUGAGCAAGGCCAGGAAAGUGCUGCUGGAUGCCAUUGAAAAAGACCAGACUAGUCCAAAGCUCUAUCUAAACCUGCUUGAGCUGGAAUAUAGUGGAGACGUGAUGCAGAAUGAGACUGAGAUCUUGGCUUGUUUCGACCGGGCCCUGCAGAGCCAGAUGUCCCUUGAAUCCCGCCUUCUCUUCUGUCAGCGCAAGGUGGAGUUCCUCGAGGACUUUGGCAGUGACAUCAAUGUGCUUGGGGCUGCAUAUGAGGAACUACAGAAACUACAGAAAGAAAGUGAACCCACGAAGAGGAAGGCCGAGAACGGCUAUGACAGCUCUCAGGAGCCUGAAUCCAAGAAACAGCGUGUGGACGACGCCUCAGGUGUCGCAAACACAGAGACGGACGCAACGGCAAACAACUCUGCAUACAACAGCUGGUACCAGCAACAGUACGGCGGUUGGGGACAAAACUCCUGGGGACAGUACAACCAAUAUGCCCAGUAUAACCAGUACUACCCCCCUCCCCCCACAUGAUGGACAAAAUCCCGACAUGAAAAUGGAGACUCAGAGGAAAGCUUCCUUUCUGACCUGCCUAUACCUCUGAACAGAGCUACUUAAUGUGAUGUCAUGGAGAUUUCAAUCAGACCACAGAAAGUGAUUUGUCCCUUCUUUCUGGUUUAAAUUGUGCUAAUCAGUUAAACUUUGUAGCUAUUGGUUGGAAUAUAAUACACUUAGCCCUCCAUGACGUCAUGUUGAUCAGUCAUGUUGUUUAAAAAAACAUUCAUGGAUUAAUUGGCCCAUUCAUCAUCUCCAACACUGGCUGCUUUUUUGGGUUCUUUAAUGCAUGUUAUUUGUGAAGGCAGAUAUAUUAUUUCUUGUGUGAUUAAAGCUUCUUAAUUUUUUAGAUUGGAUGACUUAGUUUGGUCUUUUUCUUUGUGAUUUAAGAUUUAAACUUGUAAAGGAGGCUUUCAUUGAUGUACCUCUGAGUUGUUUUUCUCCAUCCCCAAACUGAAAGAUUUUUGAUGUCAUGGUUAUGUUUCCAGUAAGAAAAUGAACAGUUCCUCCUUUUUUUAUUUUGACUUGAUUUCAUAAUAAAGAGAUUGAUAUCCUAAA